CGGACGGCCGCUUGUUCCUCCGUCGACCGCUUUCUCUCCAAAGACCGAGACCCUGAUUCUCCUUUGUUGACAUUUGACACUCACUCGCUCAAUGCAAUGCAUGCAACAAGCGCUGACUCUCAAUCUCCGUUAUGACCUAAGUUGUCUCUAUCUUACCAAACGCCCCGACUCUCCCUCGUUCCAUUCCAUUUACGAGCACAUCAAACACUCGGACCCUCCGUCAAGAUUGUACAUUUUGGAUACCCUCAUACGAGUACCUUUUUGAUCGACCGCACAUACCACCACCACCAGUAUACUGCAUAUCAUUACUCCGCAGCCUUUGUCCUUGCGUCCUUGCGACCUGCGCCCCACCACAAAUGACAUGCAGCCAUGGUGCUGCUGGAAAAGCAAUGGGUGAAUGUGCAAGAGAAGACAUUCACAAAAUGGCUCAACAAUAAAAUCUCCGCUCGAGAACUCGCCGUUAAGAACCUCGUCACCGACCUCUCCGACGGCAUCGUCCUCAUACAUCUCCUUGAAGUCCUCAGCAGCGAGUCCCUUGGACGAUAUGCGUCUAAUCCGCGAUUGCGGGUGCAGAGAUUUGAGAAUGUCAACAAGUCGUUGGAGUUUAUCAAGAGCCGGGGCAUUCAGAUGACCAAUAUUGGCGCUGAAGAUGUCGUCGAUGGAAACAGAAAGAUCAUACUCGGUCUGAUAUGGACUCUCAUUCUCAGAUUCACAAUCUCGGACAUCAACGAGGAGGGCAUGACCGCGAAGGAAGGUCUGCUGUUGUGGUGUCAGCGAAAAACAGCAUGCUAUGAAGGAGUCGAAGUACGAGACUUUUCCUCCUCAUGGAAUGAUGGACUGGCAUUCUGUGCUCUUCUCGACAUUCACCGACCUGAUUUGAUCGACUUUGAUACCUUGGAUAAAUCCGACCAUAAAGGAAAUAUGCAAUUAGCAUUCGAUAUCGCAUCCAAGGAAAUAGGCAUCCCCGACCUCCUCGACGUGGAAGAUGUCGCCGAUGUACCCAGACCCGACGAGAGAUCGCUUAUGACGUACAUUGCAUAUUGGUUUCACGCAUUUAGCGCUAUGGAGAGAGUGGAAAAUGCUGGAAGACGGGUGGAAAAGUUCGUCAGCAACAUGCAGGGAGCGUGGGAGAUGGAAACGGCAUACGAAAAGAGAAUUCGUGCGCUUCUUCAACAGAUCCGGCAACAGCGACAGUCAUGGCAUGACUCGAGGUUUGAGGGGACGUAUGCCGACGCAAAGGCGCAGGCGAAUGAAUUGGCCAGCUUCAAGAGGAACCAGAAGAGAAAGUGGGUGGCUGAGAAGUCGGACCUUGCCGCUAUGUUGGGCAACAUCAAGACCAAACUUUUGACAUACCGUUUGCGGCCAUACGAGCCUCCUGCAGAACUUCGACUGGAAGUCCUCGACCAUGAGUGGGCGGCUUUGGGUACCGAUGAGCAUGCGCGAAGCAAGUCGAUCAACGAAACAAUUCGAGACAUCAAGAAUGCCUUAAGGAGAGGAUUCGCCGACAAAGCCAACGACUUUGCGUUGACUCUCAAUACUCUUUCUCUGGCCAUAUCUGGAUUGGAAGGAGAUGUGGAAGACCAACUUCAGCACGCCCAGCGACUUUCGGCUAACCUGGCACCACUCGAGCAAUACCUGACAGGAAUAGCCAUCCUGGACGAGAAGUGUCAAGAAGCCAACAUUGAUGAAAAUGAUUACACCACGUAUACCUACGACGAGUUGUUGUACGAGUUGAGCUUGGUCAAGACGAGUGUGCAAAAGAAGUUGACCUUCCUUGAGAACCAGAUGGUGGCCCGAAACAUGACGAACCUCACGCCUAUCCAGCUUGAAGAGUUUGAGUCGGUAUUUCGACACUUUGACCGAGAAGGCACGAACACUCUUUCCGAACUCGAAUUCAGUGCGGCAUUGGCCAGUUUAGGACUUGUGUAUGACGAGCAAGAGAUGCAUGACAAGUACCUCGAAGUAUGUCUUACUGGUAUUGAUCCGUCAAUGUCGCCAAUCUCUCGCCGACAAAGGGAAAGUCGUGGAGUCGGGUUCGAGCAGUUUAUUCGGUUCAUGGUUUCUGUGACCGAAGAUCAAAACAGCGCCGAACAAGUGUUCCAGUCCUUCCGAGAAGUGGCGGAUGGGAAACCAUAUGUGACCGAGAUGGACCUCAGACAUUCUCUGAUCCCUGACGAAUUGAUCGAGGAUCUAUUGAACAGUAUGCCGGAGCACAAAGGGCCAGACAUGGAAGCCGAUCGAGAUACUCCCAAGUAUGAUUAUAUCUCCUUCAUGCAGGGUAUUGCAGGCGAUGGACAGAACGACACAAACAGCAACGAUGGCAAAAGCAGUCCGACCAACGGUGUCAAGACACCCACGACGCCAAAGAGAUGAUACAGUAUUUGAUUUUCUCCACAGUAACCUCGGUUAAUAUUGAACAAGCAAGCGUACAUGGGUCUUGUUGGGUAUUCUGUCUGGGAGUCUUCAACUUCACAGGACUGGCUUGGAUCGAGAUAAAGAUAUCAUGAUGAGCGUACAGGCCUCUUGCAUGAGAAAAUAGGAUACCCGGUUUGUGCUAAUAUGGGCACCAGCGAGAACUACGACUUUUGAGCCCGCUGAAGAUAAUAAUCAGCGAACAAUUGGUAUUAAUAUAUACUCAAUAAGUCUUUCGAAGUCC